AGUAGAGAAAACGAAGGGGUCAACCAAUGUGAACCGGCUUCGCGAUAUGUUGCGAUUAAUAAUUUGACUUUGACCGCGUUAAUUAUAGUUUGUAACUUAACAGCGUUCUAGGGAACGAAAUAUUUACCAAUAUAAAAUGUUUCUUAUUCUGUUUUUUGCAUAAUAUAUAUUCCCGUUAGUGAAAUUUUUGGAACAAAUUAUUUGUUGUAUUUAAUACUUGAACUUUUAUUUAUUUAGGAAUGCAUAAAUUGUUUUUUAGAAUUUUAAGCGAUGUUUCAAAAAGAACUUUUUCUACGAAGAUAUCAGUACCAGUGGCAAAGGAGGAUGUGAAAUUACCAACCGUUCUCACAGAUUUGUUUGGAAGAAAUCAUACUUAUUUAAGAAUUUCUUUAACGGAAAAAUGCAAUUUGAGAUGUAAAUAUUGUAUGCCAGCCGAAGGUGUUAAACUAACAGAAAAUUCUAAAUUAUUAACCACAGAUGAGGUACUGAAAAUAGCCGAACUUUUUGUAAAAGAAGGAGUGACAAAAAUUAGAUUAACAGGAGGAGAACCUACAAUUAGAAGGGAUUUAGUUGAUAUUAUUUACAAUUUAAAAAAAAUUGAUGGACUUCAGAUCGUCGCAAUGACUACAAACGGUUUAGUUUUGACUAAACAAUUGGUAUCUUUACAAAAAGCCGGUUUAGAUAUUUUAAAUGUUAGUUUAGAUACUUUGAAACCAGAAAGGUAUGAAGUUAUGGCACGGAGAAAAGGAUGGCAGAGAGUAAUGAUGGGUAUUGAUUUGGCAUUCCAAUUAGGGUACAAUCCUGUUAAAAUUAAUUGCGUAAUGAUGAAAGAUUUCAACGAUGAUGAAAUAUGUGAUUUUGUGGAACUUACUAGAGAUAAAAAUUUUGAUGUUAGGUUCAUUGAAUAUAUGCCCUUUACUGGUAAUAAGUGGGAUGUUAAAAAAAUGGUGUCUUACAAGGAUAUGGUUAAUAAAAUACGUCAAAAAUGGCCGGAUUUUUCACCUUUGGAAAAUAAUCCAAACGACACAUCUAAAGCUUGGAAAGUUCCGGGAUACGAAGGUCAAAUAGGUUUUAUAACUUCAAUGAGCGACCACUUUUGUGGUUCUUGUAAUAGGUUAAGAAUUACGGCUGACGGUAAUUUAAAAGUUUGUCUUUUUGGUAAUACUGAAGUGUCUUUACGAGACGCAAUUAGAAAUAAAUGUUCCGACGAUGAUUUAACUGCUCUUAUUAGCGCAGCUGUCAAAAGAAAGAAAAAACAACACGCAGAUUCCAAAAUCAACAUGUUUUUGCCUCGCAAUAAAUUGUCGCACCUUUUCCCGCGCGUUACGUCGUACCAAUCCAAAAGACACUGUUCCACCAAACACACCGACGAAGAAGAACUGUCGCACGUCGAUAAACGCGGUAAAAUCCACAUGGUGGACGUCGCCGGUAAAAACGUAACUCAACGUUACGCGACCGCCUCGGCGGUAGUUAAAGUAGGUCCUCGUAUCACUCAAUUGAUCCUCGAAAAUUCCACGAAGAAAGGAGACGUUUUAACGCUAGCGGAAAUAGCGGGAAUCACCGGGGCCAAGAAGACGUCCGAAAUCAUACCGCUUUGUCACAAUAUCGUUUUAUCCAGCGUCAAAGUGACCGCUCAUCUUAACAAAGAAAAAGAAACUGUCGAGAUACAGGCUCAGGUGCAUUGCGAAGGCAAAACCGGUGUCGAAAUGGAAGCGAUGACCGCCGUUAGUGUUGCGGCUUUAACAGUUUACGAUAUGUGUAAAGCUGUUAGCAAAAGCAUCGUUAUAUCGGAUAUACAUCUAUUGAAUAAAAAGGGGGGCAAAAGCGGGGAUUAUGGUGCCGAGGUAUUCGAAUUGAGGGAUUAUAAUAGAAAACCGACGACCGGUGUUUUUUCUCCGACCGUGGGAGUUGUUUAAUACGCCGUUUCUUUCGAAAUCUAUCAUUCCAUUUGUAAAUAGUUUAAUUUGAUCGUUAAAAAUCAAGAAUUAGGCGUCAUUAGGAUAAGAAUUUUAAAUAUGAAACGUCCUCGAGUAUUUUAUUCACUUCAACCGUACUGUUAAUGCUAUUCUGACCGAAAAAGUGGUAAAAGAUCUAAAAGGACUAAGGACAAAACGUUUUUUUAUGAUUCUACAUUUCUUGGAGACCACACAGACAAAUCUAGCUUGAAAAAUUGAAGACAAAUCGUCUCAUCGGUGAGUUCUCAUUCUAUUUCUUCGGUAUAGAAGUCUUCCCUUGGAGAGAAAUAGUCGCUCCGGUGAAUUUUCAUUCUAUUUCUUCAAUAUGGAGUCUUCCCUUGGAGAGAAAUCGUCGCACCGGUGAAUUUUCAUUCUAUUUCUUCAAUAUGGAGUCUUUCCUUGAAGAUAAAUCGUCGCACCGGUGAAUUUUCAUUCUAUUUCUUCAAUUUGGAGUCUUCCCUUGGAGAGAAAUCGUCGCACCGGUGAAUUUUCAUUCUAUUUCUUCGAUAUGGAGUCUUCCCUUGGAGAGAAAUAGUCGCUCCAAUGAGUCCUCAUUAUGUUUCUUUGGUAUGGAAGUUUUGGCUUGAUCAUCAGUUUUUAUAUUGUGUCUUGUGGUUCAAAAAAUCUCCGAAAAAGAGGCUCAAAUAAUGGUGGAUGUUACUAAUUCUUCGAAAUAGAUCACGUUAUCUAAUCCAAUCGCUAGCUGAAGAAAAGUAGUUCCGACAAAUUAAUUAAAUCUCCAAUUUUAUUCCAAGAAUGCUGAUCGAAAGAUUUGUCUUUAUGUUUUAAGUCUGUUAUUCACGAAUUUAAAUUUUAUAAUUCAGCUGUUGGGUUACAAGCAGUGAAUCCCAUCUCUAUACUUCAUUUUUUAAUUUAUGGAUGUGGAAAUUUCCAAAUUUAGGCUUGAAAUCUGUAUAUUUUGAUAAUGUCCUAUUUUCUACUGUAUGGAUAUUUCCAUAUUUAUUGUUAUUGACAAAAAUUCGAGUCGAAAGUCCCAUCUCUAACUUUCAAGAGCAGUUAUUUCCGGGUUAAAAGAGAUCCAAGUGGAAAUUCCCAUCUCUAUACUGGAAAAAUGUUACUUUUAUAGUUACAAACAAGUAACUAUAAAAAUCACAUCUCUAUACACUUGAUAGAGGUGAAUUUGAAAGUUUUGUUUGAAUAUACACUAAAAAAAAAAAAAAGAUUUUUUCCUACAUGAUAUCGAGCGAAAUAAAUUUCAUGUUUUCCCUUCUCUUUAAAUAAUCAAUUUUGUAGUUUCGGGUACGGUCAGGGGUAUCUGACUCACUACAAACUUCACUUUUUCACUUGAAACAAAUAACUUAAAUUCCAAGUGCCUUUUAGAUAACGAUAACAAGUUGAAAAUGAUUACUUAUAGAAAAAAAAGAUCACAAAUAAUAAAGUUUAUAAUUGUUAACAUAUUUUUUAUUGGAAUUGUUUAUAAAAUAUUUUUUUAGUGUAAAUAUAAAUUCUAUUAACUAAA